AUGUUGUGGAACUGCGAACAAACUUCAUCAAUAAUAAAUACAAAUGAAGGAGGAACCACAAAAAAAGGUGAACUUUUUCAUGAUUUACAAGAUCUUCUUUUUGAUCAAUCGACAGGACAAAAGAUUUCGUCAACUAAAACUUCAUUUCAAACAAUAGGCUCAAAUCAAAAUAAAAUUCCAUUAAAUGAAAUAAAAAGUUCUUCAUCAUUAAAAUCUUUAGAAACUGAAUAUGUAUUUCCAAUAAUAUCUCUUGAAUCAAUUCGUCCUUCAUCCGUUAAUCCAUCGAUAAAUAUAAAAUUAAUUCAUCAAACAGGUGUUCAUUGUGUUCUUCAUAUUGCUCGUGAUUCUCCACGUCCAGAUGUCAUUGUUAGUGUAUUAACUAUUACUAAUACAAAUACUUCAGAUGCAAUUAAUAAUUUUCAUUUUCAAGCAGCUGUACCUAAAAAUAUGCGAAUUAAAUUACAAAAUCCAUCAACAAGUGAUUUGCCUGUAUACAAUCCAAUAUUACCACCACAAGCUAUUACACAAAUUUUAAUUGUAUCAAAUCCAAAUAAAGAACCAGUUCGACUCAAUUAUAAAUUAAGUUAUUAUUUAUCAGGCGAACAAAUAAAUGAAUCGGGUGAAAUAGACAAUGGAUUUCCUAGUUCGAUUGAUCUUAUUUAA